GUACAGCUUACUCUAUCAAUCUUGUCAAACUUGCUGUCUGCUAUACUUCGCAUGGUAAACUGUGUUGUGGGUAAAGAGGUAUUUCAAUUUGGCUUGAAUUGCGGUGUUUAACUGCGGAGCUGCGGAGAUGGGCUCGUUGAGUGAUAUUCGGACUUGAAGUUGAUGGAGUCUUGUUGAAAGUGGAAACCAUUGUCAAUACAUCAGUAUUUUCAUAGUGACAAUGCAGAAUGUGAACUCUUGAAUUGUGGGUCAGUGCUGGUACAAUUUAUUUGAUUUGUUUUGAUGAGGCCUUGCCCUGCAAAUCUUGAACAUAUUUCUCAAAAGGCAGUACUUCGAUUCAUAAAGUGAAGAUAAUGAAGCGGCCAUUCAUGAAUGGAGAAGGGCACAGAGCUUUGGUUAAGUUUUUGAGGCUAAGUGUGCUUAUUAUUGUCACAAUAAAUUGCUCUGUGUCAUCUGCUGCUGAAACUGUGACUAUAAAUGCCACACUUCCAAAGACCCAUAGCUUAUUUGUAUCUUCAAUGACAGCUGCUGAAAAACACCAUCUCAGGGAUGUUGCCAAAGAGAUGUUCUUCCAUGCAUAUAAUGCUUAUAUGGAGAACGCCUACCCUGCCGACGAGCUGAUGCCUCUCUCGUGCAAGGGCCGCUGGAGACACACAAAGCCCAGCAGAGGCGACAUUGAUGAGGCGCUGGGCAAUUUCUCGCUGACUCUGGUCGACUCACUGGAUUCCCUGAUGGUGCUCGGCGAACUGGACGAGCUUGAGCACGCCGUUCGACUUGUGAUCAGAGACGUCCGGCUCGAUGCUGACCUGGUCGUCUCGGUCUUCGAGACCAACAUCCGCAUGCUCGGCGGUCUGCUGUCUGGUCACAUUCUCUCCGAGUACGCGCGGGACCGUCUCGGGCGGAUGGCAUGGUACCAGGGCGAGCUGCUGGACAAGGCCAAGGAGCUGGGUCUGCGCCUGCUGCCCGCCUUCAACACGUCCACGGGCAUCCCGCAUCCCAGGAUAAACCUCCUGCACGGGAUGAAUGUUCCGCAGCUGACCAACUCUCGUGAAACGUGCACCGCCUGCGCCGGAACGAUGAUACUUGAGUUUGCCGCGCUCGCCCGUCUUACUGGAGAACCGGUCUUUGAGGAGAAGGCGCACCGGGCGAUGGACAGUCUGUGGGAGCAGCGCCACCGGGGCUCCGACCUGGUCGGAACCACCAUCAAUGUCCACUCGGGUGACUGGGUGAGGCGCGACUCUGGCGUCGGCGCCGGCAUCGACAGCUACUACGAGUACUGCCUCAAGGCCUACAUUCUGCUCGGAGAGGAGAGGUACCUGAAGCGCUUCAACCGGCACUACGAGGCGGUGAUGAAGUACAUCAGCCAGGGCCCGAUGCUGCUGGAUGUCCACAUGCACCGACCUCACACCACCACGCGUAACUUCAUGGACGCUCUACUCGCCUUCUGGCCCGGACUUCAGGUGCUCAAAGGUGACGUGAAGUCAGCGAUUGAGACCCACGAGAUGCUGUACCAAGUGAUGCAGCGUCACAACUUUCUGCCCGAGGCCUUCACGACGGACUUCCAGGUGCACUGGGGCCAGCACCCGUUGCGACCAGAGUUCGUUGAAUCCACUUACCUCCUACACCGUGCCACGGGCGACCCGUACUACCUACACGCCGGCAAGCGAGUCCUGCAGAGUCUUCAGCGGCUGGCCUGGGUGCCGUGCGGGUUCGCGGCGGUUAAAGACGUCCGCACCGGACAGCAUGAGGACAGGUUGGACUCAUUCGUACUGGCCGAGACGUUCAAGUACCUGUACUUGCUGUUCGCUGACGAAUCAGACCUAGUGCUGGACAUCAACGACUUUGUGUUCAGCACGGAGGCGCACCUGUUUCCGCUGACCCUGGCCCGACUCUCCAAUCUCACCGCAGUGCCGCUGCGUCCUGACGGCUCACCACCACCGCCCGAGCCAGACGUCGAAUACGCCCGCAGCUGUCCAAACACCGACUACCUUUUCCCGGGCACCUUCUCCGAGACGAUCCGCCGGCCCCUCUCGAACCUAGUCGAGGCUACGUGUCCCAGCCGCCGGCUGCGACCGCGCCGUCUCACAGCAGCUCAGUUCCAAUCGGGAUUACCCGAGCAUGUGGCGCUGGUCAGACAGCUGGGCGUAACCAUGACAACGCUGCCAGAUGGAAGAGUUCAGCUGCUGCAUACCGCCGCCAAUGCGCGUUCUCCGGCCGACGCCGAGGAGGGUCUGCUGUUCAUGCAGGAGAUGAUCGAGCUGUCCCGCCAGCAGCUGGACCAGCCAGAGAACCCGCCGCGGGCGGUGACCUUCCGUCCCGGACCGGGGGACGAGACGGUCACUCUGCCGGCCGGGCCGGCGCAGUUCGGGCCCAGCCUCGGGGACAUACCGCCGGUGACGGGCAUGCUGGUCGAGGCGGACCCUCUGCGGGUCUGUCCGGACCUCUCGCACCCGUCCCGGUACCGCGGCCGACUGGUGCUCAUGGAGCGCGGCGACUGUAUGUUCGUGGAUAAGGCGCGGCGCAUCCAGGCUCUGGGGGCGGUGGGUGGAGUCGUGGUGGACCAUACGGGCGGCACGGGCGCCGAGAGCUCGCCGCUGUUUGCCAUGUCAGGAGACGGUACGGACGAUGUCACCAUCCCUCUAGUAUUUCUGUUCACCGCCGAGGGCGAGCGACUGCGAGCGGCGCUCCGAGACAACCCCCAGCUGGAGGUCACUCUGUCCGACGCGCAGCCCGCCCAGACUGCCCCCGAGCCGACCGGCGGCGUAGGUCACGUGAUGGCUGUCAGUCCCAGCGGUGACGAGCUUGUUCAGCUGGUGGAAGACACGGCCGCGGCGACAGCCGACUCUAAGACAGCGACGACCGAGACUGGGGCAGAGCAGGAGAAGGAAGAGAAGAGGGAGAAGGCAGAGCGGACGGAGGAGAGGACAGAGGGCGGCGAUAGAAGCGAGGCUGCUGCUCAGGUGUGCGCCUGGCUGCGGCAGCUGCUGCAGCUGAGUGGCUCCGAGCUGGCCGCUCUGGCCGAGCCCAGCGGCGGCCCGCUGCUGCGCGAGGUGGCCUCUCUCUCCCCCGAGAGACGCGCUCAGCUGGUGGACAGACUGCUGGCACUCGAACACACCUCCCGUGGAGGAGGAAAGAGGGAGAAGGAGGGUACCGAACAGCGCCUGACUGGGGUGCUGGCGGGAGGACCGAGCGGCCUGGCGGAUAUACUGCGCGCUGGGGGUGUCACGGAGGAGUCAGCCUCUGCGCAGGACGCCGCCGUAGCCUCAGCUCAGGACGCCACGAAGGCCGAGCUUGAGGAGCCAGGCCAGUGCGGUGCCAGCUCGAAAGGAGAGAAUGAUUCUUCCGCGAAGGAAGGAGAAUCGUCCAGCCGAGAUAAGGAUGAGUUGUGAUGACUGGUAUUCACUAGUGAGCUGGAAAACUAUGUGAGGAGGGCCGGCACCCGUGACCGUGAUCCGUGACUUUGGAUCGUGAUCGUGAUCCGUAUUGUGAUCAGUGACCGGUGAACUAUGGCCCUGAGUCGGCGGUAGCAGUGCACCACAAGCUGUGAGCCGGUUGCGCAGCGUCACGCGCUAUCUGCAGACAUUAUGUGACGUCACGCUGGGACGAUGAGUGGUCAGUGGUUUCGGAGGUCCGUGCCGGUGCUGGAACCUUCGGAUCAUGGUGAGAAACUGGUCUGAGGUAACUACCCGGCUGGACUCUGCUGACUCGCGACCCGGUCUUGACCUGUGAUCAGAGGUUACCGUGUUUCUAGCUAGAACGACUUCAAGAGGAAAGUUCACUAGGUAGGGUGCACGGGGCACCUGCCGUUUCAUAUGGUGGUGUGCGGAAGGAACGGACCGCCAGCCCUGACCGUGGCUGCUGUCAGUGGCACCUUAGCUGUGGCUGUUGUGAGGGGCUGCUCGACACCACGCAAGUCAUUCACUCUCUGAUCGAACUUUGUGCGGUAAGAAGGUUCUCUAAGCACGGCGGGCCUGGCUGCCGCAGCUCCCGGACGGAGCUACAAGCUGCGAUGACCGUGUGCGCAGUGACGUAACAAUAUCUGUGAGAGGCGGGCACGUCUAACAUCGCCACAGCUGUGCUGGGCCUGGUGAGGUUGGGAUCUACCGGCACCGAUUUCAGCGAAACGAAGUAGCUCCUUAAAAUGGUGCUCAUUUAAAGGCAUAUUAGUUGUGUUUUGUUGUUGGUACAUUGUGGUGUGGUAUGCCCCGAAUUUGUUGUGAUCUUCUAGUUGAAGGCUGGAAGGUGGUUAUCAUAUUAUCUUUAUUGAUUCACGGUUACGGGAGAUGUAGUUAGCGCCGUGUUACAUCUGUCCUUGCCUGUGUUAUGUGUGUGAAGCAUUAGGUUGGGCAGUUAUAAGACACCCCGCGCAAUUUUCUCUUUAAAUGAUUAUCUUGAACUGCACAAUUCGAAUGCGCAACGGGAUUUUCUGCAAGCAGUAGCUGUUUGUGGACCUCUGCUCUAACCACUGUGUGAUUUUCCGUCGUGUGUCCAAAGGGCGACCUUUGGAAAUUGGUGCUCGGUAUAUGCGCGUUACUUGUGAGUUUGUGUUGUAAAUGUGUAGCUCAGGAGGAUAUUGGGGCUCGGGCUCAGCAGAGAACUAUUAUACGCGUCCCGGACACCAGGUGAUAUUCUCUAUACUAUGCGUAGUUUGUAACUUUCUAAGCUCACGUUGUAAAACCCCAGUAGGGGUCAAACUAGGAGCAUCAUUAGGUAGUCUAGCUCGCAAAGUAGUUCCAUGAAAAUGGCAUGUUCCGUCUCACCUUUAGCCUAGUCCUUAUCUACCAGUGACGUCUCUUCUUGUGUUUUCCUGUCUGUGAAUUACACUUAUUGUUUUCUGUUGAAUCGUUUUAUGCCUUGCACUCACCGAUAGUUAUUUACCUGCACACUGCACAGCAUUGACGAACGUGACUGCCACCUGGUGGAGGUCACCCUAAGCUGCGGUGUAGGGCACUGCCGAUAGGGUGUCGCGCUGGCCCUGGCUAUAAUCGCACAGGACUGGUGUGGUGACCUAACCUAUUUGCACCAUUCCAGUAGACAGACGGUACCUGGAAAUGUCUGUGUGUAUCUUCUGCAGGGUGUCUGGGAGUCUGUUCGACUGCGUUGUACGUUGUAUGACAGGGUGAGACUGGUGUCUAUGAAUGGGCGGUUUGUGUAAUACACGAGAACGCGGAA